GGGCAGGUCCCGGGGCGGGUCCCGCUGCCGGGGCAGGGUCGCGGCAGGAUGAAGCUGACCACCCAGGCGUACUGCAAGAUGGUCCUGCACGGCGCCAAGUACCCGCACUGCGCCGUGAACGGGCUGCUGGUGGCCGAGCGCCCGCCGGCCCCGCGGCCGCCGCAGCCCGCGCUGUUCGUGGAUUGCAUCCCGCUCUUCCACGGCACGCUGGCGCUCGCCCCCAUGCUGGAGGUGGCCCUGACCCUGAUUGACUCCUGGUGCAAGGAGAACAGCUACGUGAUAGCUGGAUAUUACCAGGCGAACGAACGCGUGAAAGAUGCCAGCCCAAACCAGGUUGCGGAGAAAGUGGCCUCCAGGAUUGCCGAGGGCUUCACGGACACGGCGCUCAUCAUGGUUGACAACACCAAGUUCACGAUGGAGUGUGUGGAGCCUGCCAUCCACGUGUACGAGCUGCACGAGAACAAGUGGAGGUGCAAGGACCCGCACAUUGAUUUUUGUGAAGAUUGGACUGAAGCCCAGAGAAUUGCUGCCUCUCUCUUGGACAGCAAGUCCUAUGAGACGCUGGUGGAUUUUGACAAUCACCUGGAUGACAUCCGGAAUGACUGGACAAACCCGGAGAUCAACAAAGCUGUCCUGCACCUGUGUUAGAGGGGCUCCUACUGACUAAUCCAAGGGCAUUCCCACUAUGUACUGAAGAGAGAAAAAUGCUAUUUUUGAAUGUAAAUAGAAUAAUAUUCAGUACCUUGUGUGGAAAGCUGACUGAUUAAAGGGGAGGGGCACGUCACGUGGCGCAGUGAAUCUUUUUUGUGAGAUUCCUUGGAAGAGAUGCCAGCUGUCAGUUCCAGCUGUCCUCGUGGACACCAUCCCACUUGUAGUGAAUGUUGCUAUUCCUUCGAAACCGGGACUGCUUCUGCUUGGCCCCACUGUCCGUAUGACAAAGUUUUGACUAAGCUUUUCUAAUCUUUAGAGAGGUCACUUUUUAAUGAUUUAUGGAAAUACCUUUCAGAAAAAAAUCAAUCCUGUCCUCAGAUGAGAGAUUUUUUAAGGGCAAAGACAUAAAAUGUAAGGUGAACGAUUUCUUCUGGCCUGGAUUGGAAUUGAAAUUGUAAUUCUGUUGGCACAGUAAAAUGCAAACUGCUGAGGAUGUUCCAUGCUCAUGUGUCACCUGUUUUGCAGUGCUUUAGCAUGACACAGCUACAGAGAGUGUUUUAAAAGCAGUAUUCCCAAAUAAUAUGGUGAUUCCUGCUCUCCGUGGGCUUGACAACCAGUUAUUGCUUGAACAUGUUAAACACAAAGUAAAUGAUUUAUAAAAAGCACUGGAAGCACA